AUGAAUAUUGUUCGUGUUACCUUAGGCCAUGUGUCAGUUACAUAUGUCGAACCAAAUAGUGAAAAUACAUUAACCACAACACCCGUUCCCUUCAAUCUUGUCCGAGCUUCUUCUUUAUCACCCGAACAACUUCAGAUUAAUCACGCGCUUGAUGUUCAACGAAAUCGGAUGGAAACAGCAUUCGUACUCAGACGAGCUAUGAACGAAACUAAUUAUCGUCGAUCGUUAGAUCUUCUCAAAGCUCAAGUGAAAAAAAUUCAAGAAAGUGUAUCUGCUCAAGAUCCGUUUUGUCAGCAAUUGAUCAAAGAUCUUGAACAUCGUUAUCCAUCAGAACGUGAUUAUCGUUUGUCACAAAGUAAUGCUUGUAUCCAACAUUCAUCGGAACGAAGUACUUACACUACAGCCUCUACUCCUAGUGUACUACUGUAUCAGAGUCCACAACAACGACUUCAAGUUACUCGCUUCAAUGAGAAAUACACUUAA